UUCCAAUGUGUUAAAUGUGGUAAGAGUUUCAAGUGUUCAACCAAAUUGACGAGGCAUGUCGGAACCGUUCACUCCAAUAAAAGGCCUUUCAAGUGUGACGAAUGUGGUAAGGGAUUCAAAACUAUGGAGGACAUGAAGUCUCAUGGCCUUGUGCACAAGAAAGAGAGGCCGUGGAAAUGCACUGACUGUGGAAAGUCAUUCAAGAAAGCUGAAAUUCUGAAGACCCACGAGAAAACACACACAGUGCGAGAGAGACUUUAUAAAUGUAACCAGUGCGAGAAAAGUUAUACGACAGCAUCCAGCCUGAAGUAUCACAUGGUAACACACAACGAGGAAAAAUCAUUCACUUGCAGAUUUUGUGGCAAAACUUUUCACUUCCUUCGUAAUUUGAAAUUACAUGAGAGAACACACUCGGGGCGGGAAACACCUUUUAAAUGCCUAUUAUGCGCAAAAUCGUUCAAGACCUCAGAAGAACUGAAGAAACACAAGCUUUCUCACUCCGGCGAAAGUAAUCUUAAAUGUAAUAUUUGUGAAAAGACUUUCAAUUUUCCCGCGGAAAAAGUGGCGCAUCUCAGAAAAGAACACAAUGAUGAUAGGCCUUGGAAGUGUCACGUGUGUGACGCAUCCUUUAAAACCUCUGGUCACCUCAAGGAACAUGGUAAUGUACACAGAACUGACAGACCUUUUAAAUGUGACCAGUGCGACAAGUGCUACAAGGGAAUUUACGAGUUAAAAGUUCACAAGAUGGUUCACACUGGUGAGAAGCCGUACAAGUGCAGUCAGUGCGACAUGGCUUUUGCGACAUCUUCUCAACUUUGUGCGCACAGACGGUGGCGCCAUGCUGAUGAGAAACCCUACAAAUGUCCAUUUUGUGAGAAAAGUUUCAAGACAACAAGUGCUGUCGCUAAGCACGCAGCUGUUCACAAAAAAGACAGACCCUUCCAAUGCAGUAUCUGUGAAAAGUUCUACAAGUCAUUAGACGUUCUUAGAUUUCAUCGGCAACGGGUGCACAGUGACGAGAAACCUUUUGAGUGCCAACUGUGCGAAAAGUCUUUCAAGACAGCACAAGAGUUAAAGAUGCAUGGAAGGGCGCAUAGCGAUCACAGACCUUUCAAGUGCUGUUUGUGCGAGACUUCGUUUAAGGAUAAUAACAAACUCCAGCGUCAUCUCAGCACGGUACAUACCGAUGAAAGGCCAUUCCAAUGUACACAGUGUGAACGAGCGUUCAAGGCUGCAGGAGAAUUGAAGAGGCACAUCCUGACUGUACACAAUAUGGAAAAACCCUUUAAAUGUUCAGAAUGUGAUGCAGCUUUUUCUUCAGAAGGUAAUCUUCGUCAACAUUCCAUGGUGCAUUCAGAUCACAGACCUUUCAAGUGUUCUUUGUGCGAGAAGGCCUUUAAAUCAUCGCGUUACUUACGAUUACACGGCAGAGUUCACACUAGCGUCAGGUCUUUCAAAUGUUCUCAUUGUGAUAAGACGUUCAAGGCUAAAAACGAUCUGGCAAGACACAAUACAGAAACGCACAGCGGUGAAAGACCCUUUAAGUGCAGCCACUGUGAAAUGACUUUUGUUAGGUUAAUACGUCUUGAAAAUCACGAGAGGACACAUAAGAAUCUACGGUAUAAAUGUUCACAGUGCAAGCAAUCAUUCAGCAAUCCCACAGACUUGAAAGGACACAGCCGAAUCCAUGCGGGGGAGAAACCAUUUGAGUGUUGGCUUUGUGGGAAAGUCCUGAUCUCACACACGCUAUUGCGC